AUGUUCCGGAGUCCGAGGCGACACCGAUUUGCAUGCCGACAAGAUAUCAAGCGAUUCAACACUGAUCUCAUUGCAGUGGGAGCAGGCUGGAGGGGCCCCGAUGAAAAGGAUAUGUCCCAGGAAUCAGUUGGCUUACAAAAGCUGAAUGUUACAUUCCUGCAAACACGGAACAAGGUUAUUGAUGUGUUAUUGCCUCUAAAAGCAGGAAUAUGUCCCGGAGACAGUGGAGGUGCGCUCAUUCAAACUAACGGUGAUAACAGAUUCAUACAGUUGGGUGUGAUGUCUCGUGGUAAUUCUUGUGACAAGCAUUUUAAUUAUACGAAAAUCACUAACUUACCACUGCAUGUGCACGAUUACGCAUUCGAUUCAUUUACUGAUGUGCGCAAAUAUUUGGACUGGAUAUGCGAGAAGACAGGGGUUUGCCAAAAAUACAACGGCAAUGAUCAAGGAGAUUUUCCUUUCUAUCAGUGA